AUGGCCUCUGGGCGUAGGAGCCUGGCCGAAGACAUCGCUGACCUGUUGGAGCCCGUCGCAGUGCAGGAUGAUGACGAGGUGGCAGCCCUUGAACGGGCGGUGGAGGACCUGCAGGCAGGCGACGGCGACACCGCCGCAUACCUUGCCGAGCGAGCAAACCGCGAGAAGCGCAAGGCGCUGGCGGUGCAGUCCCAGCGACGGCUGUGGGAGGCUGGACUGGAGAUUCGGAUCCUCCUGCAGCGCCUCCUCAAGUCCGCAGUGCGGUUUCCCCAGGGCGUCCUGGCAAAGACCAUCCAGGCCAGCGAUCAAGGUGUGGCAGCUGCCGUCGAAGACAUCCGGGCGGAGUCUGCUGGGGCGAUCAGCGACUUGCUGGAGGUUAUCAAGGGCCUGCACGAAAGGAACCCUGCCAUAGCCGCCACCCCGCCCAAGUGGCAGCGGAAGGAACGGCGGGACAGCACGGCACUCUGGCGCUGCGCAGAUGCAUGGUACGAGGCCACCAAGCCCUUCCAGGACGCCUCCAUCGACCGCUGGCAGAGGAAGACGCUGGUGGCAGGAGGGAACUUGAAGGCCCUGAAUCAGCCUGUGUCGCACCAGGUGGCACAGCUCAUGCAGGCAUCAGAUGCGGUGAUCGAGCGAACGCAACUGGAGCGUGACCAAACUGGCGUCAUAGGCCAACCGAUCCAGCCUCAGCAGGCAGCUGGGAGUAAGCCCGGAGAUCGCGAUCCCGAGACCUUCGACGACACUGACUUCUACUCCACGCUCCUCAAGGAGUUCCUGGAGAGCACCGAGGCCCCCGCACUGACCUCCCAGAAAUACGCGGGCACCAAGAAGCGCAAGAUCGUGGACCGACGGGCCUCCAAGGGUCGGAAAAUUCGGUACAAUGUGCAGGAGAAGCUGGUCAACUUCAUGGCCUCUCGAGAAAGUGGGUCCCUGGUCCUGGCCUCCCAGCUCUUUGGCAACCUCUUCGGUUCGGGGGCGUGA